CGGUGUCAGUAACCGGAAGUGAAAUCCGCUGCUGCUGCUGUGUGGGUGAAGCACUUUAUUGAAAAGUUCGGCUGCCUCUGACGGCUCCUGGGCUUUGAGAAAUGGACAGCCAGGGAAGGAAAGUGGUUGUGUGUGAUAACGGAACAGGGUUUGUCAAAUGUGGCUAUGCAGGAUCCAACUUCCCCGAACACAUCUUCCCAGCAUUGGUGGGCAGACCCAUCAUCCGAUCCACGGCCAAAGUGGGCAACAUUGAGAUUAAGGAUUUGAUGGUGGGAGAUGAAGCAAGUGAGCUGCGCUCGAUGCUGGAGGUGAACUAUCCCAUGGAGAACGGUAUUGUCAGGAACUGGGAUGACAUGAAGCACCUGUGGGAUUACACCUUUGGACCAGAGAAGCUCAACAUCGACUCGCGCAACUGCAAGAUCCUUCUCACAGAACCUCCAAUGAACCCAACCAAAAACCGUGAGAAGAUCAUAGAGGUCAUGUUUGAAACGUACCAGUUUGCAGGCGUUUACAUCGCCAUCCAGGCUGUGCUAACACUGUAUGCUCAAGGUCUUCUGACAGGGGUGGUGGUGGAUUCGGGCGAUGGCGUGACCCACAUUUGCCCUGUGUACGAGGGAUUUUCUCUGCCCCAUCUGACGAGAAGAUUGGACAUCGCAGGACGAGACAUUACACGGUAUCUCAUUAAGUUGCUCCUUCUGCGAGGUUACGCGUUCAACCACUCGGCAGAUUUUGAGACCGUGCGCAUGAUGAAGGAGAAUCUCUGCUACGUGGGAUACAACAUCGAGCAAGAGCAGAAGCUGGCUCUGGAGACCACCGUACUGGUGGAGUCUUACACGCUUCCUGACGGUCGGAUUAUUAAGGUUGGGGGCGAGCGUUUCGAGGCUCCAGAAGCUCUGUUUCAGCCCCACCUCAUUAAUGUGGAAGGGGUCGGGGUGGCAGAACUUCUCUUCAACACCAUUCAUGCAGCAGAUAUUGAUACAAGGGCUGAGUUCUAUAAACACAUUGUUUUGUCAGGAGGAUCCACCAUGUAUCCUGGUCUGCCCUCUCGAUUAGAGAGGGAACUUAAACAGCUUUAUCUCGAGCGGGUAUUGAAGGGUGAUGUCGACAAGCUCUCUAAAUUCAAGAUCCGGAUCGAGGACCCUCCCCGGCGCAAGCACAUGGUGUUCCUGGGUGGGGCGGUGCUGGCAGACAUCAUGAAAGACAAGGACAACUUCUGGCUGACGCGGGAAGAGUAUCAAGAAAAGGGCGUGCGCGUUCUGGAGAAGCUCGGCGUCACCGUCAGAUAAACGCUUCCCGUAAGGCCACCUCGCUGACCCCCGCUUGUGCCGAUCGAUCUGUUUCAUGUUGCUCAUCUCUCUGUUGUUCAGCCUCUUCUGCCGCCGAUUCAUGUCAUUGAUGUGGAUUGAUGGGUUUGGAUUGGGAAGGGUACUGGGGAUAUAUAAUCAGUUUCAAUUUGUUGGUUUGGUCCUCUGCCCCCUGCUGAACGUACCAGUAAAGCAGUGAUGUCAUUUCAGUGUUUGUCACUGCUUGUGUCUGUUUGGAUUGGGUCAUUAUUACUAUGCAGUACAUUUUCAUGUUCCCAUCAUGCGUCUUAAUAUAUUUGAUAAACUAUUAAAAGCAUAGUUUUAAAAAUAAGAAAUGUAUGACUUCUUUCAUCACAAAAUCACACUAAAGAAAAACCGGCUUUAAAGUAUAGUAAAGAAUUAACAAACCUCAUUUUUCUUUAUUGUUUCCUUUUCUAAUUAAAUAUUUUUGUUUUGUAAUAACUAGGUUAGUUAAUGAUGUCAUCCUCUAGAAAGCAACAUCAUGUAAGUGGGAAAAUAGCAACACAGACAUCAGUGUUAUCACUGAAUUUUGUGUAUUCUGUGAUUGUCGUUUGAGGUGUCUGUUGGUUUGUCUUGCCCUCAACAUUCCACCCUUUUACCGCAAUCGGUAUUAAAGUAAAAAAAAAUGAACUACAAUUUAACUUCAUCAUGCAAGAACUCCUAAUCCUAUAAGCCUCUUCUUGCCAGUGAAUACUAAAGUUAUUGGUUAGGUUAAAUUAGAUUAGAUUAGGUACAGCAUAUACUCUUAAAAAAUAAAAGCUCAGACUUACAAACAACAUGUUCUAUUUGUUUUAAAGGUACUGCAUUAGGGGAAUGAUGCCAUUAGUGAUGAGAGCGAGUAACACACAUGUAACACAAGAGUAUUGAAGCGGUUAAUGGCUAUGACAGGUAUGAUCAUCACUAUUGCAUUAGUGCAAACUGCCCGUUCAACACUGUUUACUGUGUGUCAGCCAGGUGAGUGAGGACCUGAACGCUUUAUUGUCUUCAAAUGCUCGUUUGUCAGUCUGAGCACAACUGAAAACGAGCAACCAAAAUAAACCACAUUAUUUUAAUUCCAGUGUGGUUAUGAAGCUUUAACACUGUCUCUGUCCAUCUCUGUCAUAGCUGCCUGUUUUUGUCAAAUGCUCAUUCAGAAGAACAAGAGGGAAUUUUUUUAAGAGUUUAAUAGAGAGUGUGUGGGAUUUUGACAGGGUGUUUAGCAAGCUGGCCAGUCUUUUGCUAGAUUGCUAUUGUAUUUUAGAAGACUUCAACAUACUGUUUCAGCAGUUGAGAACAGAGCUUUUAUGUUGUUUAUAUAUCGUAUAUACUGUAUACAUAAAGGAGAGGGAAUUCAUCCGCUUUUCUCAGCUGUCUUAUUGUUGUUGUUAUUUUUUUUAUUUUUUUUUACUUCUCAUCUUUUUUCUUCUGCAGUGCUGUGUCUGGCAUAGAAUAAAAGAAUAUUGUUUUCUAUUGA